CUGCAAAGAUAGCAUUCAACACCCCCGGAUCUGUGGUCGAUAGAAAUAUGGCAGUUGACUUUUUGCUAAACAACGUGGACAAAUCCGUAACAAUGGAUUUGGUUUCUCCGUGGAAGAAGGCCGGAGCAUUCGGAUCCUUGACGAAUGACCGUACACUAAAGCAAUUAGAAGGAAGACUCACAAUUGAUACCAACCAAGAAUAUUUAGUGAAUGCCGAGGUCAGGCAGAGUCGCAAGGGCUCCGCGUAUGUAUACACUCCGACAUUUACAGUGACAGCACCAGGAAAAAAUAAUAUCAACCUCGGUGGUUCCGUUGAGUACCUCCCAUCCAAGUCCAUUGAUGGCGACCUCACUCUGGCCGGUAUCACGGCUCAGCCUGUCAAGGGUAGAUGUGAGUAUUUAUUUAGGCAUUGUUUACUUGAACAUAACUGAAAUGAUCAUUUUUAUCAUAUUGUAGUUAUGUAGUUUGUACUCUGUAAUGAUAUCCAAUCGUUAGGGAUUGAUAGUAAAGGGUAGACAUAAUGGUGAUAUGUUAACAGAAACCGAUAAGUUAUCCAUACACC